GCUGCUGGACGGCUGCGCAAUGAACGCAUCGGCGUUUUACUGUGGGAUAGCGGGAAUGAUUAUGAAUUUCUUGUGUUUUCUGUGGAUACUGCCGGCGGUGUGGGCUGUGGAAGAAGUACUAAUGGACUCAACAACAGCAACUGCAGAACUGGGCUGGACCAUCUACCCAUCACAGGGGUGGGAAGAAGUCAGCGGCUAUGAUGAACACAUGAACACCAUACGAACAUACCAGGUGUGCAAUGUCUUUGAUAGCAGCCAGAACAACUGGGUACGCACCAAAUACAUCCGCCGCAGUGGUGCUCAGCGCAUCCACGUCCAGAUGAAGUUCUCAGUGCGUGACUGCAGUUCUAUACCCAAUGUCCCUGGCUCCUGCAAGGAGACCUUCAACCUGUACUACUAUGAGUCAGACUCAGACAUGGCUACUAAAUCAUCUCCAUCCUGGAUGGAGAACCCCUGGGUGAAAGUGGACACUAUAGCAGCUGAUGAAAGCUUUUCUCAGGUUGAUCUUGGUGGACGCAUCAUGAAGAUUAACAGUGAAGUCCGGAGUUUUGGACCUGUUUCGCGCAAUGGCUUCUACCUCGCUUUCCAGGAUUACGGUGCCUGCAUGUCACUCAUUGCUGUCAGAGUCUUCUACAGAAAAUGUCCCAGAGUGAUCCAGAAUGGUGCCGUCUUCCCUGAGACUCUGUCUGGAGCAGAGAGCACCUCACUGGUGGCUGCCAGAGGGGUGUGUGUUCCCAAUGGGGAGGAGGUGGAUGUACCCAUUAAGCUGUACUGUAAUGGGGAUGGGGAGUGGAUGGUACCCAUCGGGCGUUGCAUGUGCAAAGCUGGCUAUGAAGUGGUGGACAACGGUACACUCUGCAGAGCUUGUGUAUCAGGCUUCUUUAAGGCUGCACAGGGAGACCACAAAUGCCUGCAGUGCCCCAUUAACAGCCGAACCACAAGUGAUGGAGCAACAAAUUGUGUCUGUCGCAACAGCUACUACCGCACUGACUCUGACCCUCUACAGAUGCCCUGCACCACUGUUCCAUCAGCUCCACAAAAUGUCAUCUCCAUAGUGAAUGAGACCUCUCUGAGGCUGGAUUGGAGCCCACCACAGGAGAGCGGUGGCCGAGAAGACGUUGUCUACAACAUCAUAUGUAAGAGCUGUGGCAGUGGGCGGGGUGGCUGCACCCGCUGUGGAGACAAUGUGCAGUUUGUCCCUCGUCAGCUGGGACUGACUGACACCCAUGUCCACAUCAGUGACCUCCUAGCUCACACCCAGUACACAUUUGAAAUACAAGCUGUCAAUGGAGUAUCUGACCAGAGUCCUUAUUCACCACAGUACACCUCUGUCAACAUCACCACCAACCAGGCUGCACCAUCAGCAGUGUCCAUCAUCCACCAGGUCAGUAGAACCCCUAACAGCAUUACACUGUCCUGGUCCCAGCCUGAUCAGCCCAAUGGAGUUAUCCUGGACUAUGAACUGCAGUACUAUGAGAAGAACCAGGCAGAGUGGAACUCAUCUCUAACAAGGAGUCAGACCAACACUGCAGUCAUACGAAGCUUGAAACCUGGAACGAUCUAUGCCUUUCAGGUUCGGGCUCGGACUGUUGCUGGAUUUGGACGCUUUAGUGGCAAAAUGUACUUCCAGACCAUGACUGAAGAAGAAUAUAACUCCAGUAUCCAGGAGAAACUCCCCCUCAUCAUUGGUUCUGCUGCUGCAGGGGUAGUCUUCAUCAUUGCCAUCACUGUCUUCAUAGUUGUCUGCCGCAGCAGGAGAAGUUCAGACAGACCAGAAUCAGAGUACACAGACAAACUCCAACAUUACACCAGUGGUCACAUGUCACCAGGAAUGAAGAUCUACAUUGACCCCUUCACUUAUGAAGACCCCAAUGAAGCAGUCAGAGAGUUUGCGAAGGAGAUCGACAUUUCCUGUGUCAAGAUUGAACAAGUGAUUGGUGCAGGUGAGUUUGGGGAGGUAUGCAGUGGAAACCUCCGUCAACCUGGGAAGAGAGAGAUCCUCGUGGCUAUUAAGACACUGAAAGCAGGCUACACUGAACGCCAGAGGCGGGACUUCCUAAGUGAGGCAUCAAUCAUGGGCCAAUUCGACCAUCCAAACAUCAUCCAUCUGGAGGGCGUGGUGACCAAAAGCAGCCCUGUGAUGAUCAUUACUGAGUUCAUGGAGAACGGAUCCCUCGACUCCUUCCUCAGGCAAAAUGAUGGGCAGUUCACAGUGAUCCAGCUGGUGGGAAUGCUGCGAGGUAUAGCAGCUGGAAUGAAGUACCUGUGUGACAUGAACUACGUCCAUCGAGACCUGGCAGCUAGGAACAUCCUGGUCAACAGCAACCUGGUGUGCAAGGUGUCUGACUUCGGCCUGUCACGCUUCCUUGAGGAUGAUACUUCAGACCCCACCUACACGAGUGCACUGGGAGGAAAGAUUCCCAUCCGGUGGACGGCUCCAGAGGCCAUCCAGUACAGGAAGUUCACCUCCUCCAGUGAUUGCUGGAGCUAUGGCAUUGUCAUGUGGGAGGUGAUGUCAUAUGGAGAGAGGCCGUACUGGGACAUGAGUAAUCAAGAUGUCAUCAAUGCCAUAGAGCAGGACUACAGGUUACCCCCCCCUAUGGAUUGUCCUAGUGCAUUGCAUCAGCUGAUGCUGGAUUGCUGGCAAAAAGACCGGAACAACCGGCCCAAAUUCAGCCAGAUUGUCAGCACUUUAGACAAGAUGAUCCGCAACCCUAACAGCCUCAAGGCCAUGACACCACUGUCAUCAAGUGUUCACCUACCUCUGCUUGAUCGCAGCACUCCAGACUUCUCCUCUUUCAGCACAGUGGAUGAGUGGCUGGAUGCCAUUAAGAUGGGCCAGUACAAGGAGAGCUUUGCCAACGAAGGCUUCACCAGCUUUGAUGUGGUGUCUCAAAUGACCAUGGAGGACAUCCUCAGAGUGGGAGUGACAUUAGCCGGCCACCAGAAAAAAAUCCUCAACAGCAUCCAAUCCAUGAGGGCCCAGAUGAACCAGAUCACUUCAGUGGAAGUGUGA